UUUGAAAGCACAACCGGAAGUCAUUUCGACCGCGCUGGAUAGAGGAGCUGGUGAGGUACUCAGCAGCACUACCACAAACUGUUGGAGCAUCUUGCCUGAAGACAAAUAAAUGAAAAUCCCAAAAUUUGAACAAUUGCUUUCUGAACCCUGGUCGUUACAUUGUGGAUAAAAUGCGGAGUGACUGUCCGCUUGCUGCUACGCUGUCCGGGUACCAGCGUAGCUGCUAAACGGAGCUUAGGUCGGGUCAGGUGGCAGAGAACACAUGUCACCGUUAUCGCUGUUUGGUUCCAGUUUCGGGCAGUCGGAUCUCUAUUUCUCUGAACGUUGUUAAAGCCAAAAUAAUGGGCCGCCGUCGAUAGGAAUAGCUAGGGCUGGUACUAGACCUGCGAAUGCAGAGAAAUGAUCAUUUCGCUCGGAAGAAACGGGUUACUCGGACUCGCUGUCGGAGCUGCAGCCAGUUUGGGGUUGAUUGGGCUUCUAAUUUACAGAGAGCGGAGCAGGAGAAGGUCUCAAAGGCUGGAAUCUAGAGGCCAGUCAGCUGCAAGGCUGCCUGACCAGGCGGAUGGAGCGGCGCUGUUCCAGGAGCCCCUGGAUGCUCAGGAGAUGGAGGCCCAGCAGCAGGCCGUGGCAGCGGUGGAGGCCGUGGUGCAGGGUCUGUCCCCAGAGCAGCAGCUGGAGCUCCGGAUCCAGCUGGACCAGGUGCUGAGCUGCGUGGCCUCGCUGCGCUCUGAGGUGGCCGAGCUCCGGGGGGGGCUGCAGGGCAUCGCCCUGCAGAUCAUCCAGGAUGUCAAACUGAAACUGGGCUUCUCUGGCUGCUGUUUUCUUUCACACACCUUUAGAAAGGGAGUGGAGGACAGUCAAAGGCUCCGACGUCGUCGCCAUGUCAACAGAGAGCGGACCGACUCAACCAGCUCCAGUUCUAUCUACUUUACUGCCAGCCAGGAUGUGGGCAGCACCAAUGAGGAGACCAGCGAAGGAGGGUACUCCACGGCCUACGCUGAGUCUGAGUACACAGACCGCGAUGAAGAUGAGCCAGAACCGGAGCCAGACUCUGAGGAAGACGAGGAGGAAAGAAGCUGUGCCACGGUCCUCACCCUCCGCCAAGAAGACUCCCAAGAGGAACAGGAGAGGGAAGUUGAGGAAGAGGAAGAGGAGGAGGGAAGGCUGUGGAUGGAGGCAGAAGUUCCUCACGGAGAGCUGGCUCUGCUUUUGGCUCAGAGUGACAUCCUUCACACUGGAGACGCUACUUUAAAAGCAGACGGCUUUCAGCUGCUGCUGGACAACAGAGCAGAGUACGGAGACAGCAGGGACUUCCUCUGGAGACUGGCUCGCGCUUACAAGGACAUGUACGAGUCUGCCAAGGACAAGCAGGAGAAGUCCAGCUACGCUCAAAAAGGUCGGGAGGAGGCGGAGCUGGCUCUGAACUACAGCAGCCUGGAUGCUGAGAGUCAUAAGUGGUUUGCUGUGCUGACCAGACUUUCCUCAGAGCAUGAGAGCAUGCACAGCAAACUGAAGAGCGGCCACAUCCUGAAGGAGCAUCUGGAUCGAGCCUUGGCCCUCAGUGAUGAUGACCCCGUGUGUUACUACCUACUGGGCAGAUGGUGCUACGAGGUUGCCACAUUUGACUGGUUGGAGAAGAAGGCUGCUGCUGCACUGUACCGGACCGCCCCAACCGCCUCCAUUCAUGACGCCCUGGAGAACUUCCUGAAGGCGGAGGAGCUCAGGCCAGGAUUCUCCAGGAACGUCAGGCUUUACAUCGCCAAGUGUCACAAGGAUCUGGGGAACAUCUCUGAGGCCACAAACUGGACCAGGCUGGCACUGAAGAUGCCCACAGACAAUGAUGAAGAAGCAUAUGAACUGGAGGCUCAUCUUCAGCUUUUAACCGACAAACAAACAAACUGACAGUUUGGGAACUCUUUCAGAUGUUUUCCUUCACUAAUAGAUGUCUCUCAAACUAUCCUUUUUAUUAUUUUAUGACAUGUGGUAAAUUCUCUAGUAACUGGUCUAUUUUUUUGCUUGCUUGGGUUGUAUUUAUUGAUUUCACAUCUGUGCGUUGCAUUUAUUGAUUUUAUCUUUAUUGCAAACUUUUCAGCCCUUCAGUUUGUUCCCCUCUCCCCCACUCCAACUGCCAGUCUAAGAAGCAGCAGGCUCACCUGACCACUACACCCAUUGAUGCUACUGCAGCAUGUUUGCCUCCAAUGACUGACUAAGGGCUCAGUAACAGAUUAGCUGAUCUCAGAGCAGCAGCAGGUUUCUUGGUUUUUGAGUGUUAAAGUCUCAAGAGUUGCAGCUGCUGCCAGAAAAGCUGAGAAACUCCCUGGCUGUACAGCCUCAGUGGUGCUGUGACCUUUCAGACAGACGAUAAUCCAUGUUUUCACACUUUAAGUCAUUUAUUGAUUUACAUGGUAUUUUCUAAACAAAACCUGCAUCGUGGGAACAGAAGAUAAGCUGAGCAAAAAACCUUAUAUGGUGGCAUCUCAUUUUUACAUAAAGCUAGAAGAAAAGUCCUGUUUUCCUUUUGCUCCAGCUCUGUUCCAUCUUCACAGGUGUUGUUCUGGAAGAGCUCAUUUCUAAUACAAUAAUAACAAAGCAUCAAGGAGGAUACAGUAAAAAUCAGAGCUUCUAAUUUAGUUUAAAAUGAAAAUAAAUCAUGGACAGUUGUUAGAGGUGAUGCUCUGGCUCUUCCAGUGUUCAACCUUUGCAGUAAUAAUGUUUAGUUACAUAAGUAUUUACAUUUUUGGAUUCUUUUUGUCUUAUUUUCACAGUGACAUCAUUGCACUUACAUUUUUUUUUGUUAGCACUCAGUGAAAAACUGAUCAUGUUAUUUCCUGUAAAUCUGAAUCAAUAUUAAAUUUUAAUGAAAU